UGCAUAGCUUUUGGUCCUCCCUGUGAAUAAGCAGCAGCCCAGAUAGAUAGAUUAACUUGAAACUUAGUCGUGCAUCAACCAUGGCUCAGCUGAAGGGUCUCUCACUUCUUGCAGCUUUAAUUCUGCUCUGCCAGGUGAAGACUACAAUAGGAGAGGCCCACUGCGUUUGGUACGAGCAGUGUAUUACCGAGCCUUCCACAGUAAAUUGCAUCUACAAUGGCACAGCGAAGCCGGUGGAGACCGAAGAGGGCCUGGAAAUCCUUAGGAAUCGUUGCCCGCACUUCAUAAACGAGGAUGGAAGCGCCAGCACUUGUUGCGACUUGGCGCAAAUGCGAUCGAUGGACAAGAGCAUACAGAUGGCCGCCGGCCUUCUCCAGCGUUGUCCAUCGUGCUACCGCAACCUGCUGCAGCAAAUUUGCGGAUUUACCUGCGGUCACAACCAGAGCGACUACAUCGAACUCGUGGACACGAAACCAAUUGCUGGAGGAAAAGUUGCCGUGUACGAAAUUAACGUCUACCUGACGAGCCGCUACAUGAACGAGACUUUCGAGGCGUGCAGCGAAGUAAUUAUGCCGAGCAGUGGGCAGCUCGCUUUAGACGCGUCGUGCGGUAUUUGGGGUGCCAAGCAAUGCACACCGCAAAGGAUGUUCGACUUUCUGGGAGAUCACACGAACAACCCGUUUGUGCCUUUCCAAAUUAAUUACCUGCCCAUGGACGAGCCCGAGGGCGAAUACGUACCGUUAGACCCGUACACGGCCCGUUGCAGCGAAGCGUUUUCGGAAGGAUCGUGGCCCUGCAGCUGCGUCGACUGCUCUGAAGCGUGUCCAGCGGCGGCGCCUGCGUCUCCUCCUGCAGAACCCUGCAUGGUUGGCGUGAUCAAUUGCAGCUCCUUCGCAGCAAUCAUCAUUUUCAGCGUAGUCACCGUAGCUGCUGCCGUGUUCGUCAUAUUUUUGAAGUACCGCAAGCGAAAGAGAGCCUAUUCCAACGACUCAACAGAAACUGCGAGCUCAAGCGAAGCCGACGCCGACGAAGCCUUAAAACCAAUGUUCAAUGCUGGAGAUAAAAUGACGGAAUUCUUGGAACGAGUGUUUUUCAGAUUAGGAUUGUUCUGCGGUCGUCAUCCAGCCGUUGUUCUCGGCUGCGGAGCCGUAUUUGUUCUCGUCCUCCUGCAGGGAAUAUUCCUCUUGGAGGUCACGACCGAUCCGGUCAAAUUGUGGGCCUCGCCAACUAGCAGAUCGCGUCUCGAGAAAAACUUUUUCGACUCUCGCUUCCGUCCGUUCUAUCGAACGGAGCAAAUUUUCUUCAAGGCGGUCAACAUGGAGAACGUUGUUCACCAAACUGCCGACGGCGAGGUUGUUUUCGGGCCGGUCUUCAAUAAAACCUUCCUGGAAACCAUUUUUAAACUUCAGGAGGAUAUACAACUGUUGGGGGAAGACAUCGUCGGCGCUCCGUUGCUGAAGGACGUGUGCAAUGCACCCAUGACGAACGCGUUCACCGGACCCAGGGUCGUCGAGCAGUGUUUGGUGCAGAGCGUCUUUGGCUUCUUCAACAAUGACUGGGACAAAUUCAACGAAGUUAAACCAGGACCGGAAGGCUCCGAGCUCAACUAUCUCGACCACAUGCAAAGUUGCAUUCAGAACCCGUAUAACCCGGUUUGCUUCGCGCCGUACAACGGGCCGGUGCUGCCGUCGGUCGGCCUGGGCGGCUACCUGCCUCCGGGCGAGCUGUCCGGCGACGCGUCCGACAUGAUCAAAGCGCAGGCUAUUGUUCUGACCAUCUUGGUGGACAACUACCUGGAGCCGGAAAAGGUUGCGCCCGCGUACGAGUGGGAGAAAAACUUUAUCGCAUUCAUGAAGCGCUGGGAGGCGGAGAGCAAACCAGGCUUUAUGGAGAUCGCGUACAAUUCCGAACGCUCCAUUGAGGACGAGUUGGACCGGACGUCGCAGGCCGAGGUGUACACGGUGCUCAUCAGUUACUUGGUCAUGUUCGUCUACAUUUCCAUCGCCCUCGGCCGCAUCAGGAGUAUCAAAACCAUUCCGAUCGACUCCAAAGUCACUCUGGCCGUGGGUGGAAUUCUGGUCGUAUUGAUCUCUGUCGCGUGCUCGCUGGGAAUUUUCGGCUACGCUGGCGUUCCAACAACUUUACUGGUCAUCGAGGUGAUUCCGUUUUUGGUCCUGGCCGUCGGGGUGGACAACAUUUUCAUCUUGGUACAGCGUGUGCAGCGCGAGCCCGUGCCCAAGCACAGUAGCGAGCCGGCUGUGCUAAUGGUGGGCCGCGCGCUGGGCCACGUGGGACCCUCCAUGCUUUUGACCAGCGUCUCCGAGAUCACCUGCUUUUUCCUCGGUGCGCUGUCGGAAAUGCCUGCAGUGAACACCUUUUCACUGAACGCCGCGUGCGCUUUGCUGAUUGAUUUCAUUCUCCAAAUCACGUGCUUCGUCAGUUUGCUGGUGCUGGACACGAAACGCCAAACGUCGGGCAGAGUGGAUGUUCUGUGCUGCCUGAAACCGAACCCGAAGAAAACGGCUGACGUUUCUCCCACCAGCGAGAGCCGCGGCUUCCUCUACAAAUUCUUCGGCAAAUAUUACGCUCCUUUCUUGAUGAAGGAGCCAACACGUCUGGGAGUUUUGUUGCUCUUCUUUGCGUGGCUGUGUACGUCCAUCGCCGUCGUACCUGUGAUUCCUCCCGGCCUGGACCAGGAGCUGUCCAUGCCAGAGGACUCUUUUGUCCUUAAAUACUUCCAGUACAUGAAAGAUCUGCUGGCGGUCGGCCCUCCUGUCUACUUUGUGGUCAAGGCUGGCCCCAACUACAGUUCGCCCUACAUCCAAGAUGCAAUGUGCGGCGGACAGCGGUGCCGGUCCGACUCGGUCUUCACAGAGUUGUUCGCGGCCACUCGCAAUCCCGAAGGCACGUACCUGGCGAACGCGCCGUCCAGCUGGCUGGAUGACUACUUCGACUGGACCCUAGUCACCGGCUGCUGCAAGUACUUCGCGCUCAAUGACUCCUUCUGCCCGCACAACUAUGGCAUUUCGCAAGGGUGCAGCCCGUGUGAGAUCAGCUAUCGCGAGGACGGAGUGCGGCCCGUCGUCGAGGACUUUGAAAAGUAUAUUUCGUUCUUCUUGCAAGACAACCCUGACAGCAACUGCGCCAAGGGAGGCAGGGCCGCGUACGCACAGGGCGUGAAUUAUGUGCUGGAUGACGAGGGUGCCGGCACCGUCGGGGACACCUACUUCAUGGGCUAUCACACGCCUCUGCGGACGUCGCACGACUUUUACGAGGCUCUCCGCUCUGUCAGAGAAAUCUCUGCCAAAAUUAACGACCGCUUUAAGGAUAUUAACGGCACCAGCAUCGAAAUGUUCCCAUACAGCGUGUUCUACGUUUACUACGAGCAGUACCUGACAAUUUGGAACGACGCUAUCGAAUCGAUUGGCAUUUCGCUGCUGGCCAUUUUCAUUGUGACCUUCCUGCUCACCGGCCUGGACAUCGUGUCGGCGACCGUCGUGCUGGUCACCAUCCUCUCCAUCACGCUCAACAUGGCGGGGAUCAUGUACUGGUGGACCAUCGAGCUCAACGCCGUUUCCUUGGUCAACCUCGUGAUGUGCGCCGGCAUCUCGGUCGAGUUCUGCAGCCACAUCGUGCACUCUUACACGCUGUCCACGUUCAAAGACCCGGUUGAUAGGGCACGCGACAGCUUGACGAAUAUGGGGUCAUCGGUAUUUUCCGGCAUUACCCUAACCAAGUUCGGAGGAAUCAUCGUGCUUGCUUUUGCCAAAAGCCAAAUUUUCCAAGUUUUCUAUUUCAGAAUGUAUUUGGGGAUUGUGAUCGUUGGAGCCACACAUGGACUUAUUCUGCUGCCCGUCAUUCUUUCCUAUGUUGGCAAAUGGACGAAGAGGAAAACCGCUAUCGUUUUUCAAGGGGACGAGGAAAACGGAGACACAGACAGCGGAUCAGAAAAACCUUUGGGGUGGUCGUUUUGACAUUAAAACGCAGAUUUAGGAAAGGAACCAAUCUAUUUAUUUUUAGUUAGUCAAUGUACACGUGAACGUUUCAGCCAUUGUACAUGUUUGCCAAUUGUAAUCUUAUUAUGUAAAAAGUUCCUGAAAUGAAAUUAUACAUAUUGUGAUUAAAGUACUUUUCCACCACUGAUUAA